UCCUGUGAGAAUAGGCAGCCGCCGUCAGAGAGGAGCUGAGGGAGUUCAGAAGAUCAGAGGCAAAGCAGCAGUUGUCUCUCCUCUGGGAAACCAGAUGACCCUCUUCAAAGUGAUAAUGUAAACAGCUAGCAACUGCUGGAACCGUGGGAGUCUGAAGUAAAACCUGAGGAAUUCUCCUGCAGGAUAACUAUAAAAACGACCAACACUAUCCCGGAGGAAGUGUAGGAGGCCGUGCAGCAGAGACAUGAGUCUGGUGGAUGUCAGGCAGACGGCGGGGUCCCUCACCCUGUCCCUGAACAGCAACGACCCCAAGGAGCGCUACCUCAACCGCAUAGACGAGAGUGACCCUGAGUACCUCCGCAGCAGGAACAUGUCGCCGGACCUGAGGCAGGACUUCAACAUGAUGGAGCAAAAGAAGAGGGUCACUCAGAUCCUGCAGAGUCCGGUGUUUAAAGAUGAGUUGGAAGGGCUGAUUCAGGACCAGAUGACGAAGGGCAACAACCCUACUGGUCUGCUGGCUCUGAGACAGAUUGCUGACCUGGUCAUGGCCAGUACCUUGGGAGGGGCUGGCCCCUUGACUUCACCCAUCAGCGUUGGCAUGGUGACUCCAGUCAAUGACUUGUAUGGCAUCGAGUCUCCCUCCUUUGCCAAAGGGGAGAAACAGAGUCGCUGCAGGCUGGCCAGCCUCUACAGGCUUGUUGACCUCUUCAGCUGGGCUCGUUUUACAAGCUCCUACAUUACUGUGCGUGUCAGUAAGGAGCAGGACCACAUUCUUAUUAGUCCCCGAGGUCUGUCUUUCGCUGAGGUGACGGCAGCAAAUUUGGUGAAAGUAAACAUAGUUGGUGAAGUGGUGGACCAGGGUACGACUGAUCUGGGCAUCGACGACUUUGGCUUCUCUCCUCAUGCUUCCAUUUACUCAAUGCGCCCUGAUGUGAGAUGUAUCAUCCACAUACAUACCCCCGCUACAGCUGCUGUGUCCUCGAUGAAGUGUGGAAUCCUGCCCAUUUCCCAGGAGGCUUUGCUUCUGGGAGAUGUGAGCUGCUUUGGUUACCAUGGCAGCCUGGAUAAUAAAGAGGAGAAGGUGGAGUUUCAGAAAGCUCUGGGCCCUACUGCCAAGGUGAUGAUCCUGAGGAAUCAUGGGCUGCUGGCUUUGGGAGAAACAGUAGAAGAGGCUUUUCACUACGUGUACCACUCACAGCAGGCUUGUGAAAUCCAGGUGAAUGUUUUGAGAUGUACAACCGUGGACAACCUGGUGCUCUUGGACAGGGAGAAGCUUAAACCCCUGACCCAGGGAGUGGCCACUGCCGGGCAUGUGUUGGACAAUGAGGUCAAGUGGAAAGUGGGCGAGGCCGAGCUCGAGUCCCUCAUGAGGAUGCUGGACAACCUGGGAUACAGAACAGGCUACUCUUACAGGAACCCCAUCGUCCGUGAAAAACCGCGCUCUAAGAACGACGUGGAGAUCCCUGCCACCGUGUCUGCUGUGCCAUCAGAGGACAAUGAGCUGGGUCUGCGCAGCCCCUUCAAGUUUAUGGCGCAGAAACAGCAGAGAGAAAGGACCCGGUGGCUCAACUCACCCAACAGCUACUUGAGGGUCAAUGUUCCUGAACAUUCACCCAGCGGGGAUGUCAGCCCCAGGACCAAGACCAUGUGGAUGAAGUCCUCAGAGCCAGGCAAUAGUGUCGGCACACCGAUAAAGAUUGAAGAUCCCAACCAGUUUGUCCCACUUAACACUGAUCCCACAGAGGUUUUGGACAAGAGGAACCGGAUAAAAGAGCAGCACAGAGGUGACCUGAUGACGGCCGGACCAAAAUCUCAGUUACUAGCAGGCAUUGUUGUCGACACCGUAAAAGGACCCGCUUUCAUCAUCGAGGAUGAGGAGCAGACUCGCUCUCUUCCCCCUAACCCUUUCAAUGAGCUCACAGAAGCGGAGCUGGAGGAAUACAAGAGCGAGGUAGAGAGAAAGCAGCAAGGCCAAGAAGAAGAUGAUGAUGCCACUGAUGCAGAUGCAGAUGAGAUGACGACAUUUGAUGGCUCUACUAUCUCUCUUUCCCUCUCUCCCGUGAUGACGCCAGCUAAAGAAGACACAAUACCCAACGGGAAAGACCACUUGGAAGAGACGGACGAGGAUCUGAGCAUCGAGGUAUCCAAAAUGAGCGUGAGCACUUCGGAAACGGCAGAAAUCUCCAUUUCAUCUCAGGAGAAGACGGGGGAGGCUCAGACCCCAGAGAGCCAAACCAAGUCCCCCAAGAAAAAGAGAAAGACAUUUCGCACACCUUCAUUCUUGAAGAAGAGCAAAAAGAAGAAGGAGAAGAAAGAAAAAACAGAAGCCUGAGGGCCUUUACUGUAAAAAAAUAAUUAGUGUUUUGUUAGGAAAACAUCUGAAUUGCCUUUUUAAUUUUCAGCUUGUUGAAGGGAAGUGAAAUAAGAGGAAAGACUAUCAUCUAGUCAGAAAGUCUCCGAGGACUGUGUUGCUUUCACGCAGCUUCCCUCAUUCACGGCUAUUAUUUCAUGGGAAAGUUUUUCCGAGACGUGCCAGCAGAUGGUAAUAUGGAAGUUUUUUGAGAAUUUUUUGAUUGACCACUCCCAAAGGGCUCAGUAAAAUUAAAUCAAAUGAAACGUGCACUGCAUAUCUGUGGUUGUUAUUACCCAUAUUUUUAAUGGGGUUUACAAAAAGGUUAUGAAAACAUCAGAUUACAGUUAUGUAUUUGUGGAUCUUUUUUUUUUUUCUUUUUGCACAAGUUCAUUGUUGAAUGUAUUCUUAAAGCUAAAAAAUUGUUUAAACAAUUUUAAAAUUUAACAGUCAGUCACACUAGUAGUGCAACAGUGGCCGGACAUAUUCAGAUUAUACAAUGUUCGGCCUUAUAAGAAGUACGAUUUGUAUCUGAACGUAUUCAUUAUACUAUCUUGUAAUAAUAUAUGUUGGUUUAUAUUAUAGGUAUAACAAUAUAGUGUUUGAUAGUUAAAUAAAGGAUUUGAUAGUCUUUACAUAUGUACUUUACUUACUAACUCUCAUACUAAACAUGCUGUGAUUGAUAACUCAGUAAUAAUUCAUAUUGUUUGAACGUUCAUGUCAGUGGUGUUGUUCCCAUGGUUGCUGCUUUAUUGUAAUAGUGACGAGGAAUUGACUGUGACUAACAGGAAGAGCCCAGCAAAGUGAUAACUCUUGCAUAUUGAUGAGUGACAAAGUUUGACUGCUUGUUUGGAUGCUGACAAUGAACGUGCUGAGUCUGACUCAGAGAAAGCUGAAAAUGAACGAUUGAUGUUUUGACUAAUUUUGUCAGUUGAUAGCAAUAUGCUGUGGAAAGCUUGUCUUCAUUGCCACUGUUAGAGUUUGAUAUAUAAAGUAUAUUAGAGGACCAUAUAUUUACAUCCCAGUCUAUAAUGUGAAUGAUGUUUGUUUUGACCCAAAGGGAGUGACUCUUUGCCUUUGUAAAUAGUUUGUUUUUGUGCUUUGUUACGCUAAACCAAAUGUUAAACGACGACAGAAACAUAGAAAUGUGACAGUACAAUCUAAUAACAAUAUUUUAACACUUCUUUUUAUCAUAUUUUUUAUUCAGCGUCAUUAAGCUCCUUAUUUAGAGAACAUGCACAGCGCAGUGUGUUUACAAAUUGUAUUACUUAGGUAAUUUGUGUGCCUAGUGCUCGUAAUUCCUGCAUUGUUUACAUUGCUGUUUGUUCCGCCUGGGUUUUACUCCAUGGUGCUUUACAUUACAGUCGCCUUCCCUCAAAGUCAGUCCUUUUAAAAUUGCCUUCCACCUGAUGUAAUAAAAGCUCGGAUAUGUUUCCAUAA